CCCCGUCCUCGCCUGCUUCGUUUUGCUUCCGCAGGCCACAAAACCCAGCCCCCUUUUUGCCAAGACCGGAUUUGGUUAAUCUUUCCCACCCCCAGAAAAGCGAGAGACACAAAAAACCUUUUCAGCCAAGAAAAACUGCAUUUUUCAGUAACAGCUGCCGGGUGCUGGCAUUACUUCUGGUUUAUAACAACAAGCAUAAUGGCUAUGAAAACUACUAGGUUCAGGCCAACAGGAGUGGGCAGAGCGCAAGCAUUGGACAGAAAGAAUUCACAAGGAAGCAGCGAAUCUUCAUUCGAUGUCAGCAGUUCAUAUUUUGAACCAGCAAGGAAGUACUACUUAUUUAUUUACUCCCUGAUGCAGUUCCUCGGACAUUCUUGGGUAUUUGUCAACAUGACCGUCCGCAUGCUUCAUUUUGGAGAAGACUCAAUGAUAGAUACUUUUUAUGCAAUCGGCGAAGUGAUGAGUUACUGUCAAGCUUUGUCGCUUCUGGAGGUAAUCAAUUCGCUACUGGGCCUCUCGAAAAGUGCUCUCAUCCCCACGAUAUUACAGGUGCUCAGUAGGAACCUUCUGCUGUUUGUCGUAAUCUGGAACCAAGAGGAACUUCAAAACACAGUGGUGGUGUUUGCGGUUUUCUACUUGUGGAGCUCCAUUGAAAUAUUCAGGUACCCGUAUUACAUGCUUGCCAGCCUGAGCAUGGAGUGGGAGCUCCUGACAUGGCUUCGCUACUCCUUCUGGCUUCCACUCUGCCCGCUGCUCUUGUUUGCUGAAGUGAUUUGCGUCCUGCAGUCCCUUGAACAUUUUGAGCACUCGGGAGAGGUUUUCCUGAAUCUCCAGGAGCCACUAAACAUAUCAGCACUGUUUCCUUACGUACUCUACACUUAUUUGCUGCUAAUAUUGCCACUCAGAUUUAUCGUCAAUUCCCAUUAUCUUUACAAGCAAAGACAGAAGAACUUGGAAAUGCUUAAACAAAAGUUCCAGUAACUAUACACACAUUGCCAAGUGCUUACGUAAUUACACCUUUUUUUCUUCAAAAUACUGUAUAGACCUCAACUUGUGAGGAACCAAAAAUUGCGGAUCUUGUUAUCUGCAAAAGUAUCUCUGAAUUUACUCCCUUUAUCCACGGGAAAAAAUUUACAGAUAAUCGUGGAUAAUGAGUGAUUUUUCACCCAAAUUCCAUUAGUCAAGAACAUUCGUGGACAAUAGGAAAUAAUUCUGCAAUGAUCUUUGGGAUAAUUGGAAUAAUAGGGUCACAAAUAAGAGUUUUCACAAACCCUACUGCUGCCACAGAUAAUAGGAGUUAUGGGUAAUAGGGUUAAAGUUGAAUUAGUUAUUUUCACUGUAUAUAACCUUUUAUGAAACACAUCACAUGAUUUAAACUGAAAUUGAGAAGUGUUUACUACAGUCAUGCAGUUUUACAUUGAAUAAAAAGUACAGUAUUACUGCAAUACUUGUAGCCAUAUCAUAGUGAAUCUUUAAUACGUGUAUAUUUUUGUUUAUCUGCCUAUUCACUGCCGUCAAUUUGAACAAUUGUCACGAUAUGGGGUCAUGACUCAUUUCUACUUCUCGUCUGUAAGGUGGUUUUAUUUACUUAACUGCAUAAAAAUCGGUCGUAUUUGAAUGUAUGUAUCACCAUAUGCCUAAUCUUUUUAUAUGGAGCAGUUGUCACAUACCAGAACCAAUUUUCAACAGCUUUUGACAAAGCAUUGCCUUUUUUUCAAAUAGUGCCUAUUGCAUUGAACACAGAUUUAUAUUUGUGCAAAAAUCUUACGAUUUUUAGUUACCAUAGCUGCAUUUCGUUGUGUUAUAAGGGCUGUAUUUUAAAUUUGCAGUGCAAACAGCAUACAAUUAAAACUUCAUUUGUAGAAAAUGUUAUAAGCAUAUAGCACUGGAAUACAGUACUCUUUACAUGCUUUACAUUAAACACGGAUUUGAAGCUUUCGUGACUGCAAUGAUUCAUACUCUUAGGUUUUUUCGGUACGUGACUUUACUGAAAAAACCUAAGAGUAUACAUUAAACACGGCUUAACAAAAUUGCUCUCGAAAUUGAAGUUCAAAAUAUGUAAAGUUAGCAUUUCCUGAACUCUUAUACCAACUUUGGUCAUUGUACAGUGUGAGGUUAGCAUUGCAAUUGCUGGGUGUGUGGCCAUUACAGACAGCUCUUGAGAAGGUAGUGAUGGAAUACAACAACCCUUAUGUCUCUAACUAAACUAAAUAAACCAAUUUUAUUUUACCAGGUAAGGCCCCACUGAGCUAUUUGACUGUGAUUCAGAAGCGACCUGGUCACAAAUGACAGCUCAAUGAAGUGGCUUAUGUGUACAUUUAUAGCAGCCAAACACUAUAAACGCAUGUUGAUUCUAAAUGCGGAGGGGAAAACCGUUGGACUCGGAGAAAAAUCCGCACGACCACGGGGGAUAACAUGCAAACUCCACAUGUACAGGCGUCAGGCUUGGGAUCGAACCCACGAUCUCUUGUAUACCAGACGAGGGAGUGAACAUCUCGCCACCAGGGCACCUGUUGACAGCAGAAACCCCAAUCACACACCAGUACUUGCACAGGGAGCUUGCACCUUAUUGUUUAUGCGAUGGGUACAGAGUACAUACUUGCACGGUAUUGGUAGGUUACAUUGUUGGUGCUCAUUUUGCAGUAUUGAAACCGAAAUGGCAACGUUCUUUGUGCUCUUAUUUUCACGUGGAAAUAAAAAAACAUGCAGUUUAUAUCGACA